AUGUCAUUUGCUGAAAACUUUUGGUCUCAAGAUUAUACCCUGGGAUUUCAAAUUUUAUUUAAACAACUAAAAGAAGGUAUCAAUGAAGACAAUGAUUUCAUAAACCUAUUUAAAAAGCGAAUGGAACUGGAAUUUCUAUAUGGUUCAUCUUUGCAAUCUAUUCAGACAGACUUAAAACCUUUAAGCAAAAGACAAUAUAAUGACGAUUAUGUCUCAACCAUUAAGAACUCCUUUUCGAAAUUACAAGAUAAUUUUUCCAAACAAGGUGAAUAUCAUUUAAAUAUAGCGGAUAACAUUGAAAAUAUGGUGUUGAAACCUUUUGAAAAAUGGGCCAGCGAGCAUGAGGAAAGAGUUGAUUACUCUAAUACCAUAUUAAAUUCAAAAUAUAAGAAAUUGAAGAACUUACAAAUACAAGCUGAUAAAAUUCAAAAGAAAUAUUUUAAUAAGUGCAGGCUAUUGGAAGAGUUUAAGAAUAACUAUACUGAAGAAGAAUUAAAUGAAGAAACCAACGAUGCAGAUUUUCAUAAAAAGAUCAACGGCAAUACAGAGGAAGAAGAAGAAGAAGUUAAUAAUUUUGAGUUCACACAAGUAGAAUUCAACACACUUCAAGUCCAAAACCUAAUUUCAGAAAUGUUGAAUGGAAUCCCAAAAUCAUCUCAUAAAGUUGCUAUUUUAGGAACUUAUCAAAAUGUAUCUACUGGAAGUUCAAUAACGCAGUGGGUGUUAGAUAAUGUAUCUGAAAUCGGGAAAAACCUUGAGAAAGCUGAAAAAUUUGGACAAGAUUUAAUUAAUAACAAUUUUAUAAAAAACAUUAACCCAAUAAAUAAAACAUUUAUCAAUUCAUCUCAAUUUUAUUAUCAAUGGAAACCAGAAGCAUUUGCAUUGGCACAAAUUAAACCACAAGACCAAGAAGAGACUCAAUCAUUCACCAAGAGUUUUGGACAGUUUAACUUGGACGACAUGAAAGAAGCAAUUGGUGUAAAUAGUAUAGAUUACAACGACAUAUCCCAAUAUCCCAGAUUAGUCAAAGAAGUUGAGAAUUUGGACCUUCAGUAUUUUAACGUGUGUCAAGAAUUGGAUCAAUUGAGAUGUGAAUUUGAAGAAGUAGCAAUGGAUCAUUUAACAUUUAUGCAAAAGUGUGAACUUGAUAGAUUAAAGGCAAUUAAGAAAGUAACUUAUGAUUUUAUUGCUAGUUUUUAUACUAAUACCAAUCGAAUUCAAGAUAUUUCUCAAGAAUUAAUAUUAAUUGAAGAAACAAUUAACCCGAAAAAUGAUUUAAAGUUUUUAAUUGAAAAUUAUUCAACUGGAUAUUUCAAACCGAAGGUUACAUUAUAUGACAACUAUUACGAAUCGAAUAUUAAACAAACUUUUGGUGUUGAUUUGAAUGUGAAGUCUAGAUUAGACAAAAAAAUAGUUCCUAUUUUAAUUCAAUGCAUACUUAGUCAUUUAGAUCACGUUUAUCCAGAAUUGACUGAUGAUCAGGAAAGGAUUAAUUUGUGGACUCAACCUGUACACUUAACGAACACUCACGAAUUAAGAUCACAAUUGAACGGAUUGGACAAUCCAAACAAAAUCAAUGAAAUCUUAGUCAAAACAAAUCCUAUCGUCAUUACCAACGUUUUAAAAUUAUAUUUACUUGAAUUACCAGAUUCAUUAAUUCCAAAUAGUUUUUAUGAUGUUAUUAAAUUAUUAUAUUUAAAUUACAAUGAAACCAAACAAAAGGAAGUACGUAUAAAUGGUCUACAAAAUGUAUUAUCAGAGUUGCCGAAAUGUAAUUUAGCUACAUUGGAUUCUUUAUUGACUCAUUUAAAAAGAUUAAUUCAAAUAAUUGGUUCAAAGAAUAAAGAUGCUUCUGCUAACUUACAACAACUUAUUUGUUUUGAAUUUGGAAAAUUAAUUUUAAGACCAAAAUUUGAAUCGCACAAUAAUGCCGAUACGACUUUAAUAUCGUCUAGACAAUACUUGAAAGAUAAACAUCCGUCAGCCCUUGUUCGAGAUUUAAUCGAUAAUAAAGAAACAAUUUUCAACGAAUUAAGAAGAAUAUCAUCAACUAGAUCAACUAGUAGUAAUAGUAGUAUACCAAGUAAAUCUAAUUCAAACUCAUCGUCAAAUAAACAAUCAACAAAUCAAGAAUUAAGUCCCACGGAAUCACUAGCAGCUAGGUCAAAGUCUAGAUUAGAAUCCAGAUUAAAAAGUGCUGUGAAACAUAAUAAAGAACAACAUCCACCUCAGCCUGCUCAUGAUCAGCCAGAACUUCAACAGCCAAAGACUCGUAAACAAGCUUCACAAACUGUUGUUGAAACCAUCCCUGUACAACCAAUCGAUGAAAAAGAAAACAUCAAACCUAAAUCAUCAUCAUCAACUCCUCCUCCUCCUCCAACCCCAACAAAAUCACCGAUCUCGUUAAAAAGAUCAACGUCACCAAAAAAGAAAAGGUUAAGUUCAAUGUUAUUAGAUGAUCAGGUUGUCAACACCAAUGGUUCAUCAGACUCAUUAAAUACCUCAAAAUUAGAUCCAAAAAGAAAAUCAAUCGAUUCAUUGAGAACAUAA